AUGAUCAUCUCCCAGGAUAUACGCUUCACCCAUGAACAACAACAACAACUGCAGCGACAAUUGGCUGACAAAAUCACCAACUACGCAUCGCUUGAUGAAAUCCGAAGUCUGUUAGUCUGCGGCGCACAGCCAGACGGUGAAGUCACCCGUGGACUGACCCCGUUGCACUAUGCAUGUUUCAUAAACUACGUUGGCGCAGCGAAACUCCUGCUCACAAAAGGUGCAAAGGUCGACGCUGUUGACGAAGUUGGUUGCUCGGCUCUACACCUUUGCGCUGAGCACGGCUACUACAGAAUGAUUAAACUACUGCUUCAGUACACUGAAGCUGUGCAGCAGUAUGAAACACCUGUGAUGGAACCUGAUGGCAAAUAUCCGAGUCGUGAACAUAUUGACGAACCCCUACGACUUGCCAUGAAGAACGGUCAUUACGAAUGCGCUCGUCUUCUGUUGGAAAACGGCGCCAGUCCGAACGCCAUCUACUUCGAUGGACCAGAGAUCACCCACGUCAGCCCUCUUGACACGCAUUUUAUCGCGCUUCUGCUCGAAUACGGCGCUGAUCCGAACGUUUUCGACCGCAAAGGACUUACCCCGAUCAUGAAAGCUUGUCGACUGAAGGAGAAUGGGAUGGAAGCAAUCAGGUGA